AUGGAGGAGGAGAUUGCGGUGGUGCAGCUUCUGCAGUACGGGCUGCCAGUUACGCGAUCUACGUCUUUUGCCAGUUUUAAUUCAGCCGCACUGUAUGAGCUGCUUACUGCGGCACUGACAAGAUUUUUCGGUGCGAAUGGGGAGGAAGACCAAAAACAAACGCCGCCUUCUUUUGAGGGGGCCGAGAACACCACCAGCCGCCUUCGUCUUUUGAGCAUGUUGGCAACACGCCUACAGCGUGCAGGCUGUGAAUUUAUUUCUCCCGACCACUUGAUGUACCCGGCGGAGAAGACAACAAGGAAGAUUCUCAUGUGGCUCAUCGCCGAGUUGCACCGCGUGACUACAGCCAGUAGCGUCAAGGACGACGUCAAAUGGCAACAAACGCCCGUGGCGCAAGCAAUUCUUUCGCUCCAUUCGGUAGUGCAGCAACAUAAGCUAUGUGUUAAGAAGAAAGACACCAAAGAGUCCAUUCCGCGGUGUGAAUGUGUCAUUCCUGCCGUACCUGCUUUUUUCUUUGCCGUCAGUGCUCAGGAACGACGAGAGGGUGGAGUACAGCCUCCGUUGUGGCAACAAUUUUGCCAGGGCUACGAUGUCAUGCAGGGAUUUCCCCGUUCACCUGAGGAAUCGCCGUAUCAGCCGCAGUGGAGGGAGGUGCUUCUGAAUUCCUUUCAGGAGGCGAACGCGGUGGAGCGCACAUUUGAAAGUGAGCUGACAAGUAACCGUGCAUCGGGACCGUUGAUGCUGCGGGACGCGAGUGGUGUGGAAAAUUUUAUCAAAUUGCCACAGGCAUCGCGAAAGCGUCCUCAUAAGAAAACAUCAGCAUUGGCUUCUCUGAACCCAUUGAAGGCAUAUGCUCUUGACGCCGAUGUUUUUUACUUUAACACGUCCGAGGAUGACAUCAGCGUACAACACACUACAAUUAAAACGGUGGCCGCUCGCGAGACUGCGUCGGAAAUGGCUGAAGAUCACCAUGACACAUUAACGAGGCACGAUGUUUACGCCCCAAAGGAAAAGCAUGAAAUCCUACGUGAAUACUCAGAGGCAAAGAAGGAGCUUCGACAUCUCAAGAAGAAACUCACGGAACUUGCGGCUCAGAAAAUGGGGUGCGACGAAGAGCUGGAGAUGCUACAGGUCAGCUAUGGACAAAUCUGCAGCGAACGUGAGCGCCAGAAGGCGGAAACCGAGCGAAUUGCACAGGCUCUAGCGUUGCUGGAUACUCCAGAGGAAAGCGAGGUGCAGCUGGAACGGCAGGUUGCUGAAUUUGUUGAGGCGCGCGAGAAUAAUAGGAGAGAGGUUCAGGUGAAACUCCAGAAGGUAGAGAAGAAACACACCGAGCUGUUGGAACGACUUCGUGUGGCGGGUGGCGACCAUGAGGAACAGCUUUUACAAUUAUGGCAAGCUGUGAAAAAAGUACGGAGGCAAAUUGAUGAGAAGGAGCGGAAUGUGCAACAAUGGCAAGAAAAGGUUCUUUUGUCAAGCACAACGGAUAUUGAUAUAUCCAAUUUUCUUUCUUUUAUCUAUGAAAUGACAUCAAACGUUUGUAGACAACAGAAGCAGAUAGCUUCCGUAGAACGCGACACAGCAGCAUACAACACGCGUAUUGAGGAAUUAGAAGGACGUCUUCGGCUUUCUUUUUUUAAACAAGCGUCUAAGCUGUACCAAAAGGCCAUGGUCUUUGACGAUGGCAAUGUAUUUCAACGUCUACACAAGAAUCUAAAUGAAAUGCGUGAUGGGUAUCAGGCCUUAAUAAGCGCAACCGCCAAGCACGGCGAGUUUAUAUUAGAGUCGUACCGCAUGGAAGAACGGCUGCAAAAGCUCAGGGUGGAGGUGGAGGCCUGUGACACGGAAAAAGUGAAGACCGACUUGGCCAAUUUACGUGUAGAGAAGUGCUUUUCUUCUCCAGAUAUUACAGUUUCAGGACGCUAA